AUGACCCUGAACAACGUCACCAUGCGUCGCAACAGUGCCAGUAGUUGUGGCGCCUUGCAGCCUCAGCAACAACGUUGGAGCGUUCCAACAGACGGGAAGCAUCUGGUAGUGCAGAAAGAAACCCAAGAGGCAAACCGUCAGAAAAGGUACACGCUCAACCAUGAAGAGUAUUGCCGCAAAAGCUGGUCAUCGGAGUCCUCUGAUUCUGUCAUCUCCUCCGAGUCAGGAAACAGCUGCUACCGAGUGGUUCUCAUAGGGGAACAAGGAGUUGGCAAAACUACUAUUGCAAGUGUCUUUGCAGGUGUGCAUGACAGCCUGGACAGUGAUUGUGAACUUCUGGGAGAAGACACCUACGAGCGAACUUUGCAGGUGGAUGGCGACAGUGCAAACAUAAUGCUUCUGGAUGUCUGGGAAAACAAGAAUGAAAACGGAUGGCUCCAAGAUCAAUGCAUGAAGGUUGGAGAUGCAUAUGUAAUUGUCUAUUCCAUCACGGACCGAGCAAGCUUCGAAAGAGCAUCUGAGCUAAGGAUUCGGCUCCGCAGGGCACGGCAGAUGGAAGAUCUUCCUAUUAUUUUAGUGGGCAACAAAAGUGAUCUUGUAAGGCGCCGUGAAGUUUCUGUUUCAGAGGGCCGAGCCUGUGCCGUUGUGUUUGAUUGUAAGUUCAUUGAGACCUCAGCAGCUGUACAGCAUAAUGUCAGGGAGCUGUUUGAAGGCAUCGUGCGUCAGGUUCGCCUGAGAAGGGACAGCAGAGAAAAGAACGAGAAGAGGCUGGCAUAUCAGAAGAGGAAAGAGACCAUCCCUAAGAAGGCGAGGCGAUUCUGGGGGAAGAUUGUGGCCCGAAAAAACAAGAAUAUGGCUUUCAAGCUGAAGUCCAAAUCUUGCCAUGAUCUCUCUGUCCUUUAGGAACUUGGGGACACACCUAGACUUUUAUCUAUCACAAAUAUGCCACAUAAUCUCCAGAACUGAGAAGAACCAAUCUAUAUUAGAUUGGUCAACAGAGCUGAUCUGGAAUCACGAUUGUGAUUACUGUGAUGGAGCAUGCCUGCAAUACAGCAAGCAUGUCCUCAUGCAUGGAAGAAAGAAUGUCAUCUAUAUGUUUGGUUUAUCUGAGCGUACUGGAUUGGGAACAGCAUUUUUUAUGCUCUGAAAGAACAUUCCAAACAAUAUAGUGAGAUGAGCCUGAAAAACACAACCUGGAAAGGGGAACUUCUAUAGUUGCCUUCUUCCUAACCAACCAGUUGCUUUUCUUAAGUGUGCACUGCUAAGUCUUAUUCUUACAAUAUCAUCUGUUGCAUCUGGCUAGAUAGAUAUCAGCAGCAUCAGCAGAAUAAUCAGAUGCUCAGAUCACUAGGAAUGUGAAAGCCACCCACCCACUGAUGGCUAUUGUCAUGAAGUCAACACUGUCCCAAUUCUAAAUCCAUCCACUUCCUAUUUUAUUGGUCCUAUGUCCAUUUAUAUUCUGAUCAUCUUCCUAAUUGCCCCUGGCAUGUUGCUUUACAGCCUGACAUUCUAAAAGAUAAAGAAAGUAGGCAGGCAUUGCAGCAGAUCUGAUAUCAAAUUCAAUUCUUCCUGGCUUUUGUAUUAUUCCAUCUCCUUGCCUCCUCACUGCCAAGUGAAACCAUCAAAGCAUGGCUACCUCUGAAAUAAAAGCACAUCCAUCACAAACAGGGGUGGGUUCUGGCUGGCAUUCCUGCCGGUUUGCUCGUGUGUGCACUUUGUGCAUGCAUGCUUGAUGUGUGCUGCGCGUGUGUGCACACUGCAAUUAAAAUUGCUCUACGCAUGCACAGAACUGAAAAACAAGAUGGCGGCACCAAUGGCGCUAACCGGGGAACUGGU